CGGAGUUAAAUCUGCAAUCGAUUCUUCUGGAAUUUCAGUUUCGGGGCCCUUUAUCAGGCGACGCCCGCUGUGUGCUCUCUGUGCUCCUCUUUCCGUGCUUUGCCCUCCCGCGAGCCAUGGCGAGCGACAUGCUACUAUACUGGGGCUCGGGCAGCCCGCCGUGCUGGCGCAUCCAGCUGUGCCUGGAGGAGAAGGCGCUGCAGGGCUACCAGCAGAAGCUGCUCUCCUUCGAGAAGCAGGAGCACAAGAGUGCAGCUGUGACCGAGAUCAACCCCAGGGGACAGCUUCCCUCCUUCCGUCACGGUGACAACAUUAUCAACGAAUCCUUAGGGGCGUGCUUCUACCUGGAGAAUCAGUUCAAGGCACAGGGCACAAAACUGAUGCCAGAUGGAGCAGCAGAGCAGGCCUUGGUUCUGCAGCGCACAUUUGAGGUUCUCACCUUGCAACAGAAAUCUGGGGAUGUCAUCUACUACAACUGGCGCAUUCCAGUGGAGGAACGGCACAACUCUGCUCUGAAACGAAACACGGAGGCAUUGGCAAAGGAGCUGUUGCUAUGGGAGGGGUAUCUUGCCAAGAUGGGCCCAGGUUCCUACAUUGCUGGAAAAGCCUUCACCAUCGUUGAUGUUGUUUUCUUUCCUACCCUUGCUUACUGCUUCAGAUUUGGACUGUCUACAGAGAGGUACCCGAAUCUGGGUGCCUACUACAAGCUGCUGGAGCAGCGUCCGAGUGUGCAGGCGUCCUGGCCUCCACACUGGAAGGAGAAUCCACAGACACAGGAUCUUCUCAAGGAGAUAUAAACAUCCUUAACGUUGAUUUAGCCAAUACUCCUCAAGUGGGGUUUUGCCUUCUAUGAUCUAAUAUGAUAUAAAAUGAUUUUGUAGUCUUAAAAACCAUUGUGUUUCAUUGCAUAGCUCUGUGGUUGUUUAACAAAAGCUAAGAUCACAAUGUAUGGCAUGUAUUGUAUUGCCUUAAUGCAUUUGAAAUAAAACACUUUCACUCUCAAAA